AGGAAGAUCGCCCCGGGAUUUUCCCGCUUGGCACUGACUGCUUAACGUUUUCCGUUUAUAAAGCGACUCCCAACUCCAAGCUAGGCAAUACCUGACCUUUCAGCAAAAACAGCGCCAGAGGUCGGUACAAGAGAUAGCUUCGGUCUGAUGGCUCAAGUUCUAGAGCUUCUCUGCUUCCCCACGCGGUCCAUGGGCAUGCUAGAUUUCGCUUCUGGUAGGGCUGAGAUUGGAUCGGCUCAGGUUAUCCUCAUCCUCCAAGCAUAAAACUGGCGGCCAUUCCAGGUCUGGAUGCUUGAUAGAGUGGCUUCUGGUAGUCCAUUCCUCUUUCGAAUUCUCACUUUUCCACUCGCGCGAUCAUGGCGCCCACCAAACACGACGCUAAUGUCGAUACCAUCGCCCAUCUGGAAACCCUUCCAGAUCCAGAGAAACACUACCAUUCCCUUGAAGAAGAGAUCCUGGGCCGCGACUUCACAGUCGCAGAAUCUGAGCUACCCAAGGGCUACUUCACAAGCGCCAACUUUUUAGGAUCUAUGUUCGCUAUCGGCGCCAGUUUCGGAUGCGGCGUAGGUGGUUUUGGUCUCGCCGCACCAGUUCUCUCCUUCAUCAAUGCGGAUAUUGGUCCGGAUCCGAACUUGAGCUGGGUCGCUCUUUCGUAUCUUCUUACGAACUCGAUUGGACUAAUGCUUGUCGGACGACUGAGUGAUCUCUUCGGUCGUCGUUGGUUUUUCAUUGGGGGCAACGCGCUUGCCACAGUUGGAUGCAUAGUCGCGGCGGUUGCGCCCAACGUCCCGGCACUCAUCGCUGCGGAGGUCUUAAUCGGUCUCGGUGCUGCGUCGCAGCUUUCAUAUGCUUUUGCUGUCGGCGAGCUCGUCCCAACCACGUACAGAUUUCUUGCACAGGCCUGGGUCUUUGCGUGGGCAAUCCCCUCAAGCGGGUUUGCACCGGCCAUAUCGUACGCUUUUGUCUUCCAAACCAGUGUGGGCUGGAGAGGUAUCUUCUACCUCCUCACCGCCCUCAAUGCUGCCACAACCUUGGCUUGGUUCUUCUUCUACAAGCCUCCCACGUUUGCCCAGAAACAUGAGUCAAGCCGCAAGACUCAAUUCCUCAAGGACUUCGACUACAUCGGAACGCUCCUCUUUAUUAUGGGACUCCUGUUGUUUCUCAUGGGUCUGUCCUGGGGCGGGACAAUGCAUCCAUGGAAGUCUGCUCACGUCAUCGCUACCAUCGUUGUUGGUUUCGUCGCGCUAGUGGGAUUCUUCGUGUACGAGGCGUACGCUGGGCUGAAGGAACCCCUACUGCCGAUGCACCUCCUCAAGAACAUGCCAUGGAAUAUCACGGUGCUGCUGUGGGCACUCGGCGCAGCCGUGUAUUAUGCGCUCGCGAUCAUCUGGCCGAGCAUGGUCGCUACACUCUACUCCGCUGGACAUGGCACCAUGUGGGCGGGCUGGAUGUCUUGCAUAUCCAACUCCGGUAUCCUGUUUGGCGAGUUCGUUGGCGCAUUCUUUAAGAGGAAAACAAAUAUCCAGAUCAUCGUCGUGUUCUUCAUCGGCAGUGUCUUCCUUGCAGCGAUGGCGGCCUCGACACCGGAUACGCCCGUCAUGGCGGCUCUCUUUGUGUUCAUCGCCGCUGCAUUUAUCGGUUGGAACGAGAUUCUCAACUCCACGGUCGCCACGAUUGUAAUCAAGGACCAGCGUGAAAUCGGUACGGCCACAGGUAUCGCUGGUUCGGCGCGGUCUUUUAUCUCGACGAUCUGCUCCACAGUAUACACCGUCGUCCUCUCGAACCGCCUCGCACAAACCAUUCCCGCCAAGGUGCCGCCUGCGCUUCUCUCCGCUGGCCUUCCAGCCACUAGUAUCGUCACAUUUAUCACCGCGCUUACCCUUGGCACGCCAGCUGCAUGGUCCGCCGUUGAAGGCCUCACCCCAUCCAUUCAAUCCGCCGGUGUCCGCGCAUACCAGGAAGCAAAUGCUGCAGCGUACAAGACGGUCUUCUUGAGCACGAUCGCGUUCUGUGGUGUGGGAAUUAUAUGCAGCUUCUGGGCGCCAAACAUUGACGCAUUGUUGAGCAGGGACGUAGUUGUGCAGUUGGAGGGUGGAAGGAAGGGCGAGAGCGAGAAGGUGUAAAGAGGUAGGGCGAGUGAGGUAAGAGCGAUAAGACAGGAAUGCUGUGCUUCGCCGUGGAGUAAAAGAGAAGAGAGUCGCCGACUUCUGCGCGAUAGGCUUUACGAGCUUUACCUAUGCGAACUCUGCACAUGCCACCUCACUUCUCCGCUCUUUCGCAUCGUCAUAUCUUCUCCAAUCCUACCUCCCCCGCCUACCUGCCUUACUAAGGUGAGCACUGCCCUAAGCCAAAAAAAAAAU